AGAGAGAAGAAACAAAAGGCAUUCCCAUACGUCAUCUCCCUUCCAACACAUCUCCCCCCCCUUGUUCCUCUACCACCGAACAACCCCACCUCCCCCUCCCCCUCCCCUGUUAACCCCUUUCUCUCUCUCCUAGGGUUUACUUCUUCUUCUUCCUCUCUCUUUCUCUAUAUAUACACACGCACACAGAUAUACAUACAUGUAUAAUCUAUAGCUAUCUAUGUUAAUGAAAUAGAGGACGAUUCUGUAAACUCAAGUCCAAACUGUUGUGACUCGAUCGGGAGGUGCCUAGGGUUUCCCACCGAGAGAUGUGGGAUGCUCCAGGCGUUGAUGAAUCUCCUCUCUCUCUGUUGGAGGCCACUUGAGGGCAACGAAAACAACAACAACAACAGAGUCAACAACAACCCGCGCGGUGGCGGAGACUUCGUGAGAGAUGGGUUGGUGUGGUCCAAGGACAUCGGCCGGUGCUCGAGCGGUGAAUUCUCGAUGGCCGUGGUCCAGGCGAACCAGGUGCUCGAGGACCAGAGCCAGAUCGAGUCCGGCCCGCCCUUUGGGACCUUUGUUGGCGUCUAUGACGGGCACGGCGGGCCCGAGGCCGCUCGAUACGUGUGCGAUCACUUGUUUCGGCACUUCCGAGGUUCGGAUUUCUGGCUCUGUUACUGUUCUUUUGGUGCUCUCUUUCAGAAUGGUUACAGACUUUGUAUAUAUAACUGUGGGAUUUAACUGUUCUGCUGCAAAAUCUGAGUUUGUACAUUCUCUUUUCAAAAGUGGGAACUGUGAUAAUUGAUUAGGUGGUGUUUGGGAGCUAAUUAAAAGAAUAUGGAUUGUGAAUUGUGAAUUGUAGAGUUUUGGAUUAUGACUAGAACCCACAAAAGUGUUUGGUUGAUAUGUGAGUAAUGGAUUCGUUAAUAGGGUUUUGUGAGUGAAAAUAUAAUCAGAAUCCAAAAAGCUUCUCCCGAGAGGUGAUUUUUGGAUUAUGCAUUCUUCAGUUCGUUUUCUGAUUAUGCAUUUUAACGGAUUUCAUUCUAUAAUCUGCUGCCAAACACCCCAAAAUAUGAAAAUGCGCAAAAAAAUGUAAAAAGGAGGUGGGCAAACAGCCCCUAGAUGUGUCUGUUAUGUGGCUUUUUUCAAGGUUCUGCUUUAACUAGGGUUAUGGAUAACAGGAACUAAUGUAAUUGAAUGUGAAACAGUAGGCCCCAGCUCUAGCUUAAAAAUCUUAGGUUGGUAACAUUUGGUGAAUGUACACGUAUGGUAUUUUGGUCUGUAAGAGCUUUUUAUUUGAAAUAGUCUACAUAAGAAGUGCAUUAUAAUUUGACUUGGUUAUCGGGUGUGGGAUGUGUUCAAGUGGAAGAUUGAAGACCUUUUGAAACUGAACUCUUAGCCUUAGGGUGUUGCCUGAAGGGAUAUUGUGCCUUAUAUUAGGUAUGGAUACAGGACACGUCCUAAACACAUGUACCAUGUAUUUAUCUUAUUGGACUAUGUUUGUUAUGCAGAUGUAUCAUCUGAGGGCCGCGGUGUUGUGACAGCUGAAUCAAUUAAACAAGCUUUUCUUGAAACAGAAAGAGGGUUCACAGCUCUUGUUUCGGACAUCUGGAACACGAGACCCAAUUUGGCAACAGUUGGGUCGUGCUGUCUUGUUGGAGUGAUCAGUCAACAGACCCUUUUUGUGGCAAAUCUUGGGGAUUCUCGUGUUGUGCUGGGAAAGAAGGUCGGGAACACAGGAGGUACUGCUGCCAUACAAUUAUCAACUGAACACAAUGCCAACCUUGAGGAGGUCAGGCACGAGCUUAAAGAAUUACAUCCAAAUGAUCCUCAAAUUGUUGUUCAAAAGCAUGGAGUUUGGAGAGUAAAAGGCAUUAUUCAGGUUUCUAGAUCUAUAGGCGAUGUUUACAUGAAACAUGCGCAGUACAACAGGGAACCAAUCCAGGCAAAAUUCAGACUUUGUGAACCGAUGAACAUGCCUAUCUUGACGGCCACCCCAUCUAUUCUUUGUCACCCUCUACAACCAAAUGAUUCUUUCCUUAUAUUUGCGUCUGAUGGUUUAUGGGAACACUUGAGUAAUGAAAACGCUGUGGAUAUUGUCCAGAGACAUCCACAUACGGGAAGUGCAAAGAGGCUUGUCAAAGCUGCCCUUCAAGAAGCAGCUAGAAAACGUGAGAUGCGAUAUUCUGAUCUUCGGAGGAUUGACCAGAGGGUCCGACGCCAUUUCCAUGAUGAUAUAACCGUUGUUGUGUUGUUCUUGAACCAUGACCUAAUUUCUAGAGGCAUAAUGCAAGAGCCUCCACUCUCACUCCGAAGUGCUCUGGAGCACCGUUGAUUUCCGACCAUCCUGAUCCAAUUUCUGCUUCCUCUGAUUUUUGCAGUUCUGCCAGAAAAUGAUACUACCCCCACGAAUGUACCGGAGUCCACGGCUAGUGAGCAGUCAGCAUAACAAAGCAGUCUUCUUUUUUUUGAUCGGCAAAAGAUGAAAUUUUAUUAAAAGCAGUCUUGCUGCUCUAUUUAUGAUAUUGAGUUCAUUUGUUUCAAGAGUAUUGAUAGUUGUAUUUUUUCAUAGCUUUUAGAAGAUGGAUGAUGAUCUGUGUAAUACUCUGAUAUAGUAGUCAAUUGGAAAGCAUAUUCUAUA